AGGUCAUUGUUGGACGAGCCGGUCUAGGCAGGCAUCGGCGGGAGGGAAGAAGGCGAACCGGAGGGCGUAAGGCCUUGCGAUGCCUGACUUUAUCAGCAUCGAUUCGGCUUUGAAUGCAUGGUGAGACCAUAGGCGGUGUGACCUGGCAGUGUGGUCAGGUAAACCGUAAACCCCGCCUGCGCCGGGCCGGGGACACCCGACCUCGUGGAAUCACUAGGCCGAGCGGACACGGGAUAGAAACGGCUUGCACGGGCCGUUCCAAGGCCGCUCCGAAGGACUCCACCGUUCCGCUCCUGCAACAUCGUCAGUGCCGAGCGCAUCUCUUUCUCGUGCCAAGUAGUACCGAUAUUUCCUGGGUCGGUGGCAGUGCCAAAGGACUUGAAGUGGGAAAGGAACAGGACCGGCCGUUGUAUUCAAAUGGUUGGGCACAAUGUCCCUUGACCCAACCAAGGUUGACUGUAGUGUCGAGACGGCGAUGCGAUAGUUCGCCGAACGGCGUGCAACCGUGUCCCGCCUUGAGAUGUCAGCUGAUUCCAUUUUGUAUCGCUUUGUGCCAUCGCGGAUCAGAGACGAUGAGUUGAAAGCUGUCAGGUUGUAGGAGCAAGCUCUCUCAGUGGCAUUCUAAGCCGAUCAAUCAUGACGUUCGAGGGAGAUGGGAGGGGUGGCGGUUUUUGAACGACUGUCGACGCAACAUGUCUCGGCCGAACCCGACCUCUCGGAACACGGAAAAGAGUGGUCCUUCUUGUCAAGCACACGGUGAUGGCAGAUGGCCGAAUAGAGAGGCGCCAGCAAACGCCCAAUCACCGACGCCAGAGCGAUAAGAUGGGAAAAGCAACGAAAGAGCUGCCGAAGAAGCGCCGUGACAGGUCAGCUUUGCUUCGAAGUCUCAACGGCCU